ACGAGUGCGCCGGAGAGGCGAUCCGGCAAGAGAGCGAGCCGUUUGUCGACGCUCCCUGACUGGAGCAGGGUUAACGGGAAUUGCUCGGGGCUUUCCGUUCAGCCCUGCAGCUGCGGAAAGACGCAAGAAGGUAAGGCGAUCUUUUUUGCCUGAUGCCGACACUGCUGUAAGCAUCUCUGGAUUUAUUAGCCCUGAGGGAUCAGAGUCAACCGGUGCAACCAAGCUCAGCGGGGACCGUCCAGAUUUUGUUUCGUUUUGCUAGGCUUUGGUGCUGCCUGCAACAAAAUCUUCAGAGAUCCUCACCUUCAGAGAUCCUCGCUUAAACAUGACAGUCUGUGGCCUUCUCAAGAACUCUCAGGAGCCAGUGCCCUUGCAAAGCAUCUCUGUGGAUGUGGUCGUCCAUGGCUUUGUUGCUGACGUGGUGUCCGAGCUUCGGUACAAGAACGAAGAAAAGAACCCGGUGGAAGUUACUUUUGUUUUCCCCCUGGACGAUGAAGCUGCAGUUUAUGCUUUUGAGGGCCUGAUCGGUGGAUCCCGGAUUGAGGCUCAGAUCCGAGAGAAGGAGAAGGCACAGCAGGAAUACCAGGACGCCCUGAGCGAAGGACGGCAAACCUUCCUGCUGGAGAGGGAGGCAAACACCAGUGACAUUUUCACCUGCACCCUGGGUAACCUUCCUCCUGAUGGGGAGGCCACACUGAAACUGCGCUACGUCCAGGCAUUGGCUCCAGAACCCGAUGGGGCUGUCCGCUUUGUCCUGCCCGCCGUGUUGAAUCCACGCUAUGUACCCCAGGGGUCAGAAGGGGACACAGUCACCAAGAGCAUACCACGAGUGCCUAGAGGAAAGCUUCCAUAUACACUCAGCCUCAGUGCAACCCUGGAAUCUUCCCAACGCAUCAACCGGGUGGAAUCCAAAUGCAAUCUGGAGCCCCUUCGCUAUACAGCAGAAGACCAUACCGCUGCCCAGGUCUCCUUGGCUGAUGGGCACCAAUUUGACCGGGAUGUGGAGCUGCUGAUUUAUUACGAGGAAGUUCACAAGCCCAGUGCAAUCUUUGAGGCUGGGAAGCCUGGCGCUGCAUCAGGCUCCCUGAUGGGGGACCCGGCGCUUCUGGUUACCCUGUACCCCAGCUUACGCUGUGUCUCCAAGCCAGGCCUGAGCGCCACGGGGGAAUUCCUCUUCCUGCUGGAUCGCUCUGGCAGCAUGGAUUGCGUCACUGAUUACAACACUCCUAAUGCACCACUCCGUAUUCAGAGCGCCAAGGAGACCUUGAUUCUUCUGCUGAAGAGUCUCCCGCUGGGAUGCUUCUUCAACAUCUACGGCUUUGGAUCCACCUAUGACUCGUUUUACCCGAAGAGUGUGGAGUACACCCAGAAAACCAUGUCGGACUCUCUGAAGCGUGUGCAGGACCUACGUGCUGACUUAGGGGGCACAGAGAUUCUGCAACCACUGAAGGCCAUUUACAGCCAGCCAUGCCAAGAAGGACAUCCUCGUCAGCUAUUUGUGUUUACAGAUGGAGAAGUAUUUAACACCGAAGAAGUCAUUGCAGAAGUUCGACGUCACAGCGGCUCCCACAGAUGCUUCUCCUUUGGCAUUGGCGAAGGGGCCUCCACGGCCCUCAUCAAAGGCAUCGCUCGGGCAGCCGGAGGCAGUGCUGAAUUCAUCACAGGCAAGGAGCGCAUGCAGGCCAAGGCCCUGCAAUCUUUGAAGAAGGCCCUACAGCCAGUGGUAACUGGGAUCUCUCUCCGUUGGGACUUGCCUUCCGGUUUUAAAGCUGAGCUGGUGGGGUCCGGCCCUCAGGUCAUCUUUGAAGGGCAGCACAGCCUUGUCUUUGCCCAGAUCCGUGGAAAGCAAAAGUCCUCAAGUGCCCUGGAGGGGUCUGCUGUGCUUCAGUACAACUUCCAAGACCAGUCUUUUAAAGACACGGUGAAGUUCCCUCUCCAAGCUCAGGAAAGUGACAGGCUCCCUGUUCAUCGACUGGCGGCCCGAGCCCUCCUACAGGAUCUGGAGGGUACUGGAGAGAAGGAUAAAAAAAAACAGCGCCUGGCUCUGGAGACGAGCUUGAGCUCCGGGGUGGUUUGUUCCCAGACGGCCUACGUGGGAGUGAACAAGGAACUGGGUCAGCCAGUGCAGGGGCCCCUUGUCUUCCGAGGCGUCCCGCACGCACGCCCCUGUGCUUCAAUGCCAGCUCAAUAUGCCUAUAGAGUCCCAGGCCGCUAUGCUGCAAUGCCAGUUAUGAAGAAGCGAUGUGCCCGUGCAGCCCCAGUUGCUUUUUCACGUGCCGCUAAGCCCGUACUGAGUCGGGUUUCAGCAACGCUGGGAUAUGAAGAUGACGAGCCCGCCCUAGAAUUGGAAGACGAGGAAGAGGAAUCCCCUCUCUUGAAGCUGGUCUCCCUGCAGAAUGCAGAUGGCUCCUGGGUCCUCGAUUCCAACCUGGCCAGUGUGCUGGGUUUGAAAGAGGCUGACAUUAUGAGCAAAACACCUGAGCAGGUGCCCCCCAGUGCAUGGGCAACCGUGCUGGCCAUCCUGUGGCUCCACUCCAGAGCAGCAGAGCAGAGGGAUGAAUGGGAGCUCUUGGAAGCGAAAGCACUCAACUGGCUUCAAGCAAGUGCAGGGUCUCGGCUAGCAGAGUGUGUGAAGACUGGCAAUGCAGUGCUGGGCAGCAGCGUGAGCCCUCAGACAUUUGGUCUCUGAGCUCUCUAAUCCCUUGUGCCUUAAAACUGCAAUUCGUGCUUUGAUCCUUUUUCUUAGCCUGCCCAAGUGUAACCAGCUGCAUCUAUGAUAACUUGACUGGAUUUCCUUGCCAGUCCUUCAUUCUGGUGCAUGAGUGUCUUCUCUUCCAGUGUAUUGGACUAUCUUGUACUUGAAAGCUCUUUCCCCAGCCGUGAGGUGCCUUAUGGUCCCAAAUUGUCUUUUCCCAGCUUGUGCUAUGUGGCAGGCUCAGUAAUCAAACUCUGCACUUUAUAUGCCCUCUGGUGAUUAAAAUUUAGCAUUAGUUUUAUACGGAGAAUAAAUCGGAAGUGAGUUAUAUUUCUGCUAAGAGGCUGGAAGCAAUAAAUACGUUGUGUGAUGGGCAGUUUCUUCUACAAACCAAAGGAAAAAAAUUCAUCCCAAGGAAAAAUAAAAGGAAAAUUCAGUCUGUUUAUUUCUUUA